GCAUUUUAUAAGAGUUAUUAUUUUUGUAACAAAAGCAAAUUACAAGCAAUUACCAUGGCGCUUACAAAAGAAGAAAAGAAAGCCAAAAAAGAGGCUAAAAAGCUGGAAAAAUUGCGUGUGGAAAUGGAAAAGAAAAAACAGAUGAGACGCGAUGAGCUCAAAAGAGAGAUAAGGGCUCAAGCUCUCAGGCGUGAAGACAUUGAAAAGCAUUGGCGUCAAAUGAUGUUCAAGAUAAAGGAACCCGUAUUCAAGCAAGAUAUAGAAGUGAUGUGGCACACUUUUGAAAGGACUUGCGACAAAAAAGACCAUUUAAUAUCUAACAUUAUGAAGUUAAUCGAUGCAGCUGAUGAUCAAUUCCAACGCACAAUUGCGAGUUUUUGUGAGACGAUUGAUACAAUGAUCAAUAAAUUUUUACAAGAUUUAGAUAAUAUGUCCUCGGCCAACGAAACAAGAACCAGCGAAUUAUUGAAGUGGGGAUACGAAAUCAAAGACAGACUUGAGUCGGAUCAUAAAGCUGCCGAAUUUCAUCUGCAACUACUUUUGUUUCAUGGACAUGCAACGGCUGACAUGGAAGCAUGGAACACGCGUGGUGAUAAUAUGGUAAAGAUAGAUGAAGAUCGUAACAAAUAUUUAGACAUUCGAGAAACUUUAACUUCUUUUCUUGAGAACAAUUAUAACACCAUGUGGGAUGAAUAUAAAUCCGUACUCAAAACUUACAUUGUAGGAACAGCCGAGAACCAAAAACAUUGUCGUAGACUCCGACGUAAGGAAAAUAUGAUGGCGGAUAUAAUAGCAUCUCAAGCUAAAAAAAUUGCCAUGAGCGAUGGAAUACUGAAACGGCUUCGUUCUGAUUUGAUGUCGUACGAAUCUGGUUCCAAGCAAGCAGUUUUUAGAGACCGGCGCGACAGACAUAGGGCAGCAUGUAGCCGUUUAAAAGAGAACUUUUUAUCCGGUUGUGCUAUAGAUGAUAAACGACUACACGUCCUUGUAAAAUUUUCUGAUGAUGCAAUAGACUGGUUGAUGGUCGCACAUAAAAAAGGCGAAAAAAUUCUAAGGCUAUCAGCAUUAUGCCGAAAAUAUGAAACUCGGCGUGAAAAAGUGCUUCCUUUUGGUACGGAUACGCCAGCAGAAACUACACAAGCAAAAGCAUCAACGCGUCGGCAAACAGUGGUAGAAGAUCCUUUACUGAUUUUGGCUAAUAAUGCAUGCGCUGGCUUGAAUCGUUUGUGGCAGCGAAAGGCUAAGGCAGAGUUAAUAAAAACAGCGUUACUUCGUGAAAAAGUUAUUUUAGAGCGUGAGAACGCAGCUAUAAUGAGCAAAUUAGAAGCAUACCAACGUAGUGGAGUGCCUGGAGCUCCAGCCACACCGAUUGAUUUAAAAUGCAUAUGCAAUGAAAAAACAUAUCUCCGUCCUGUUUGUGUUGACGGUGCUAUUGAGCUUAAAAAAUACGCGAAGCAAUGGUAGUUAGCGCAAAUGUGUGCGUAUUUAUAUUACUUAAAUGUAUUUUCUUGCUUAAUACAAUUUUGUCUUUUAAAAAUGUA